CCUCAAGCUUCUUAUCUAUUCCUCUCUCUCCCUCCUCCCGCUGCGAUAGUGCAGGCAGCAGCUAGGAAAGAAGCUUACGAUGUCGUCCACCACUGUAGAACUCGUGGGUGAUACACCCCCCCUUCCGGUUCAGUAUCAAGCGAUAACAAGUCCACGAAUUACCUAUAAGACUCAUAGCUUCUAUCCAAUGGAGAAGAUGCUUCCUGAGAAAGACUUGCGUCGUAUCUCCGUCGACAACGGUUUGCUUGCUCUGCACGAGAUGAUGCACUCAGUAACAACAUGCAUACUGUAUAUCAGAUGUCAAGCUACUAGCGAUCGUCGCCUUGCCGAUUUCCCUUACUAAGACCCCAGGCCCUGACAGGUUGCACAUGUUCUCAUGUAGGCCAUAUAAUCCAGACAUCAGCUUGAGGCAACACGUGGCUAGCUUCUUGUGUGUCUGUUUGGUCUAUCCAGAAUAGGCUUUUUCCUUGUUUUUGAGGGGCGACAAGGAAUUCGCGGAAAGACAAGUAUAAAAGUCUAGUAGAUUUAUUCUUAUUGUUAGGGAUAUUAAGAACAGAGUGCAAAGAGUC